GACGGGGAGGGGAGAUGUCGGAUGAGGUGGCUGGGUCGCCUGUUUCUGGGGAGGGUCCGUCAUGGUCGGUUAAAGCACGGGGUGAUUGCACUAAUGUGGAGCGGAUGUUGGCGAUGCCAUCUUCGAAGAUCUCGUUGCGCUGUUGGAGGUGACGGAUUGUCAGCUCAAGGGAGUCGAGUCGCGAGUUCUGCGCCUCGAAGUAUGGACCCAUCGCUAUUAGGGGGCAGGUUUGCUCGUGUGUCAUGCGUUCGGCGCGCUUGACUUUGACGGGACAUCCGUAUUUCGAUGCCGCGCAGGGAUGGAUGACCUCCGGGCAGGUCUCGAUGUGUUCGCGCAGUGCCUUGCGGAAUACGCUGGUCUGGCAGUCGGGACAGGUUGUUUUGAGACUCGGGCAUAGUUCUUUGACGUGCUCCUGCAGGAAGGAGUUGGUUAGCAAGAGCGGUUUGCGGCUGUCGCGCAACGGCACCUACCUCGUAGUCUUGCUCCAUGAUGUACUCGUCGCAGCGCAGGCAGCGAUGGGGCUCGUGCAGACACCGGCCCUCCGGGCUGAGGGCCUUCUUCCGGGUCUUCUUGCUGCAGGAGCCGUCCGGGCAGUCGACGAGCCUGUAGCCGCAGUACUUGUCGACGUGCGACUGGACAUGGCCCCGUGGGACGAUUUCACUGCAGCCUUCGUCGCGGAAAGGGCAGCGCACGCGGAUUUCAUCGCACAUGUUGACCAGCAGACGAGGCACAUUGAGGUAGACGCCCCUCGUGGGGGUGCGACAGGUGGGACAUGUAAAGUCGUCUCGACUCGCGGCGAGCGCGGUGAUGGCGGAAUUCAGGCAUUUCUGGCAGAACACAUGGUCGCAUUGGAGACGCACCGGGCGAACGAAGGGGCAGCGACAUAUCGGACACAUGAGGUGGUCAUCGUAGGUGGAGACGGUCUCCAGAGAGCGGAGGUCGACAAUCUCGUCUCGGUCGCAGGCUGUCUCCAUCGCGAGCAGUUCCUCGAGGGUGAUGCUUGCCAUAAUCCCAUCCCCCUUCCGACGCGCGAAAGUUCCAACUUAUAUUGUCCGUCCAGCGAUUCCUCCGCCGACCGAGUCAACCCUGUACAGGGAAAGGAGCGAGGACAAUGAAGGGGUCGUCAGUCUAGAUGCCGCAGGGGUGGGGGUGAAAAUGAAACAAUAGCACGGAGCGACCACCCGUGGGAGGAGGGGGGGUUACACGAUGGGCGAAAGUGGCAGCGG